CUGCUCCUGCGCCCAGCCCGGGAAGCGGCGGCGGCGGCGGCCCGGAGGAAGCCGGGGCGCACGGCCCAGGCUGGCCGCCUGGCCGCUCAGGAUGGCCCGGAAGGUGCCCCGGGCGGAGGUGUGCGCCGACUGCAGCGCCCCAGACCCCGGCUGGGCAUCCAUCAACCGUGGUGUGCUGGUGUGUGAUGAAUGCUGCAGCGUCCACCGCAGUUUGGGGCGCCACAUUUCCAUUGUGAAGCACCUCCGACACAGUCCCUGGUCGGCCACGUUGCUGCAGAUGGUGCACACCCUUGCGAGCAACGGAGCCAAUUCGAUCUGGGAACACUCCCUCCUUGAUCCGGCUCAGGUCCAGAGCGGACGGCGUAAAGCGAAUCCUCAGGACAAAGUCCACCCCACCAAGUCCGAAUUCAUCCGUGCCAAGUACCAAAUGCUAGCCUUUGUGCACAAGUUGCCAUGUCGGGACGACGACGGGGUCACCGCCAAGGAUCUCAGCAAGCAACUGCAUUCAAGUGUCCGGACAGGCAACCUGGAAACCUGUUUGCGCCUUCUCUCCCUGGGGGCACAAGCCAACUUCUUCCAUCCGGAGAAAGGGACCACGCCUUUGCAUGUGGCUGCCAAGGCUGGGCAGGUCCUGCAGGCUGAGCUGCUGGUGGUGUACGGAGCUGAUCCUGGCGCUCCGGACGUGAACGGCCGUACGCCCAUCGACUAUGCCAGGCAGGCGUCUCAACACGAGCUGGCCGAGCGACUGGUGGAGUGCCAGUAUGAGCUGACUGACCGGCUGGCCUUCUACCUUUGCGGGCGCAAGCCAGAUCACAAGAAUGGGCAUUACAUCAUUCCCCAGAUGGCAGACAGCCUGGACCUUUCUGAGCUGGCCAAGGCAGCCAAGAAGAAGUUGCAGGCGCUCAGCAACCACCUCUUUGAAGAGCUUGCAAUGGACGUAUACGACGAAGUGGAUCGCCGUGAAAAUGACGCCGUCUGGCUCACCACGCAGAACCACAGCACCCUGGUGACGGAGCGCAGUGCCGUCCCCUUCCUUCCUGUGAAUCCCGAAUAUUCGGCCACACGCAACCAGGGUCGGCAGAAGCUCGCUCGCUUCAAUGCCCGGGAAUUUGCGACCCUCAUAAUUGACAUCUUGAGCGAGGCCAAGCGGCGCCAGCAGGGCAAAGGCCUCACCAGCCCCACAGAGGCCCUCGACUCCUCCAUCCACGGCCCGAGCGACUUCGACGACCAGCACGAUUAUGACAGCGUGGCCUCGGAUGAGGACACGGACCAGGAGCCCCUGCGAAGUGCGAAUGCAGCGCGCAAUAACCGUGCUCGGAGCAUGGACUCCUCUGACCUCUCUGACGGGGCCAUCACGCUGCAAGAGUACCUGGAGGUGAAGAAGGCCUUGGCCGUCUCGGAAGCCAAAGUCCAGCAGCUCAUGAAGGUGAACAGCAGCCUGAGUGAUGAGCUGAGGCGGCUGCAGAGAGAGAUCCACAAGCUGCAGUCGGAGAACCUGCAGAUCCGUCAGCAGGCGGGGCCUGUCCACCCAGCGGCCCCCACCCCUGGCGAGCGCCCCGAGCACGGCCACGUCCCCUCCGCCGCUCCAGGAGCCCACCGGCGCGACCGCCACGCCUUCUCUAUGUACGAGCCAGGUGCCAGUACGCUCAAGCCCUUCGGCCAGCCGCCCAUGGACGACCUGGUUAGCCGCUUACAACCCUUCCACCCAGGGGAGUCAGAUGAGGAUGGGAUGUAUUCCUUGCACAGCCAGCCCAACAUUUACCGAAUCCGGAAGGGUGGCUCCGUUUCGGCCAUGCCGUUCCCUCCGUCUUCUCCACUGGUGGUGGGCCCGCCGGAGACCAGUGGGCGCCACUUGAGCGGGAAGCUGGACCGGCACGGCAGCGGCACGGACAGCGACUACGACAACACGCAGGGGGGCGACCUGCCCCUUAGCAUGGACGGGAAGCGCUUCCUGGAGCUGGGGAAGGAGGAGGACCUGCACCUGGAGCCCGAGCUGCUGGAGGGGGACCUGGACGGGGGGCUGCCCAGCACGGAGGACGUGAUCCUCAAGACGGAGCAGGUCACCAAGAACAUCCAGGAGCUCCUGCGAGCCGCCCAGGAGUUCAAGCACGACAGCUUCGUCCCCUGCUCAGAGAAGAUCCACGCCGCUGUCACGGAGAUGGCGUCGCUUUUCCCCAAGAAACCGGCCCUGGAGACUGUCCGCAGCUCCCUGCGGCUGCUCAACGCCAGCGCUUUCCGGCUGCAGAGCGAAUGCCGCAAGACGGUGCCACCCGAGCCCGGGGCCCCGGUGGACUACCAGCUCCUGACGCAGCAGGUCAUCCAGUGCGCCUACGACAUUGCCAAGGCGGCCAAGCAGCUCGUCACCAUCACCACCCGCGAGAAGAAGCAGUGAGGGGGACUCCCUCCUCUCCCCCGGCUUGGCGCCCGCCUGGAAAGGCCCUGGCUCUGCUCGGCGCAGCCCGGCUUGGGACAGGCCCCGGCGUGGCAGGAGGGGGGCGGGGGGCCUGGCAGGCCAGAAACUGGUUGUGUAAAUACCCCACCUCCCUCUCCCCCCAGGAGGGGCCUUCAGAGCGGCCCUCCCGACGUGCCCCUCCCUCCCAUAUAUAGUGUGUGGAACUGUCCAUCCGUGUCCCCCUCCCCGUGUGCACACCUGUCUGUAUAGAGAGAGACCAAGUGUAUUUAUCUCGCAACCCCCCCUCCCCCAAUAGUGUUAACACUGGAAUAGCGACAUCAAGGAGCCACGGAGAUCGGAAAAGCCCCCCCGGCGGGGCUCUUCUCCCCUGCCCCCCCAGCCAGCAAAGACUAACCCCCCUCCUUUGCUGUCCAGUCUUUUUUUUUUUUUCUCCUUUUCUUCCGCAUCCCACACCCUACCGUUUUGCUGCCGGGAGGGAUCUCGAUUGCCCGCCCUCCCCCGCGAGAAACUUCUGAAGCUGAGGCCAGUGAUGGAGGCGGGGGGCAGCAGGGGAUCCGGGCGCUGUGCUGGCAUCUCUGGUUUCGAAUCCUGUAAAUUUGUAACAAAUAAAGACGGCGCCGUCGGCA